GGGAAGUCUCUCUCUCUCUGGCCUGUAUUUUUAUUCCUUUUCUGCAAUUUUUUUUUUGACUAAAUUUUUUUUUUUUUGUUUCCAAAUUUCUAUCCGAAAUAUUAUCACUAGACAAAAACAACGGCCGUGUCGUUCAAUCCAUCCAGAGUUUGGAGAUAAUAAUGUCCAAAACUCAAAUCGAAUCAAUUUCUGCAUCUCUUCUGCAAGAACUUGAGAUUAUAUGGGACGAGGUUGGAGAAACUGAAACCAACAGAGAGAAGAUUUUGAUUGAGAUCGAAGACGCAUGCAAAGAAGCCUAUACUCGAAAAAUAGAAUACGCAAAAGAAGAGAGGACUCGGUUAAAACAAGAGAUUGCUGAUUCAGAGUCAAGAGUUAUCGCUAUAUGUUCUGUAAUGGAGGAGCCACCGGUUCUUGGAAGACAACAUCCUUCUGAUCAAUGUGGGAGAAGCUUGAAAGAAGAGCUAGGGAAGAUUAUUCUGAAACUUGAAGAUAUGGAAAAGAGAAAAUCAGAGAGGAAGAACCAGUUUAUACAAGUGAUUGAGGAUAUAAGAUGUGUUAAAGAUGAGAUUAAUGGAGAAUCUGAUGAGACUUGUUCAUCUGAUUUUUCGAUUGAUGAAUCUGAUUUAUCUCUUAGAAAGCUUGAAGAGUUACACACAGAGCUUUACACACUUCAAGAACUGAAGAGGAACCGGAUGAAACAGAUUCAAGAUCAUCUAAGAACUCUGGAAUCGCUUUGUUCGGUUCUCGGUUCGAGUUUUCGAGAAACUGUUACCAAGAUUCACCCAAGUUUAAUAGAAUCUGAAGGGUCAAGAAGUAUAAGUAAUGAAACACUUAACAAGUUAGAUUCAUCAGUAAAUCAAUGGCAUGAGACAAAGAUACAGAGAAUGCAAGAACUUCAAGAUCUUGUGACGACAAUGCUUGAGUUUUGGAAUUUAAUGGAUACACCAGCGGAAGAACAACAAAAGUUCAUGAAUGUUUCAUGUAAUAUAGCUGCUACUGUUUCUGAAAUAACCAAACCUAAUAGUCUUUCCACAGAUUUGCUCGAAGAGGUUAAAGCCGAGCUAUGCCGGUUAGAAGAAUUGAAAUGGAGCAAAAUGAAAGAACUUGUUUUAAAGAAGAGGUCAGAACUUGAAGAGAUAUGCAGAAGAACACACAUUGUUCUUGAAGAACAAGAUAUCGAGGUGGAGAAUGUAAUCAAAGCCAUUGAAGCAGGAGAUGUGAACCCUGAAAAUAUACUAGAACAGAUCGAGUAUCGAGCUGGGAAAGUGAAAGAGGAAGCUUUAAGCAGAAAAGAGAUUCUUGAAAAAGCCGAGAAAUGGUUGAACGCUUGUGAGGAAGAGAAUUGGCUUGAAGAGUAUAACCAGGAUGAAAACCGAUACAACGCGGGAAAAGGAUCUCAUCUAGUCCUAAAACGCGCAGAGAAAGCUCGAGCACUUAAUCGCCUUCUUUCGAUGCUCGAAGAGUAUACAGAACUCAGAGAAGAGAAAGAACAUGAACGUCGUAGGAAAAGGGAUCUGAAGAAACUUCAAGGACAAGUGACAUCAGAGCAAGACAAAGGAACUCCUACGAGGCCUCAAAUUGCGAAGAAGGCUCUUAGAGUAUCGACUAGCAAGAGAUUUGCGACAUCACCUCAAACUCCUCAAAAUGAUUCGCCUCGCUCAGCAAAAUCUAUCACUCCACUAUCACGCCAUGGCUGAAAGAUAUAGAGCAAAGACAAAUAAAUAUUAGUCUUUUUAGUUUUACCUUUAUCAAUUUGGUAAUCGCUCCUUUCUUACAGACAAAGAUUCUUUAGAAGUAUUGCUCUUCAUUUCAAUGGCACUUCAGGAGAUAACGAUUUACAGCCAUAGAAACAAGUGAUCAUUCAUGUGUUAAAGACAAAUAUUUCAAAUGCUCAACACCUGCUGUUUGAAUAAGAGGGUCUCACAAAUGAAGGAAUCUGAAGAUUAUUGGAUCAUUUGUAUUUUGUCCAAGUGUGUACAUACACUGAUUGUGUUGCCGAAAGAAGAGUUUGACUUUGACCGACCAGCGUACUUGUUACAAUGUCAUCCAAUAAUCUUUUAAAUUUUUUAUCUACUCAUAGUCUCUAUUAAAAACUAAAAGUACUUUUAGUUAAUUUUGAAAUUUUUACUUUCACGCGUAAAUAAUCUUAUUACAAAUGAAUUGAAUGUGUAAA